AUGUCUUCUAUCAGCACUCUUUUAAAUGACACUGUCAUCAUUCAUCCUCCAGGAUUUUAUAUCAUUGCAUUUCAAACGUUUCCCUACAUAAGUGUCUACAUUAUCUUCCUUACCUUUGUCUAUGUGGUUACACUAAUGUUCAAUAUUUUAUUGAUCUCUAUAGUUGCUCGAGAUUACUGCUUACAUACUCCAAAAUUUAUGGCUCUUGUCAACCUUGCAAUAGUUGAUUUAAUCUUAAGCACGUGCACUAUUCCCAGCAUGAUUAAGUUAUUCCUCUUUAAGGAUAAUUUUGUUCCAUUCAACCUCUGUCUGGUACAAAUGUAUUUCUACUAUGCUGUUUUAUCUUUGGAGUCAUAUGCACUCGCUAUACUCGCCUAUGACCGGUUCAUUGCGAUAUGUUUACCCUUGCGUCAGAACUUAUUCAACACACUGCCGAUCAUGUUUUGCAUUGUAGGUGCGACUUGGGUGUACAAUCUGGGCAGAGUCACACAUAGCACGGUGAUCAUGACUCGACUGUCAUUUUGCAAUUCUGUCAGAGUGAACAGCUAUUUCUGUGACUAUGCGCCUGUGUUCAGACUCGCCUGCAAUGAUUACACAUUGCAUUGGUCAAUAGCUUCAACUUCUAGUAUGGUGAAUCUUUUGGUCCCUUUUUCUGUUAUUAUUCUGUCUUACCUUAGCAUAUUGGUCACUGUGUUCAGAAUGAAAUCAGUAAGCAAUAGGAUGAAAGCUCUUGCCACUUGCAUUGAGCACCUAGUCCUUGUUGCUGUAUUUUACAUUCCUAUAUUCAGCAUAUUCCUAGUGGGGCUUUAUUUCCGAUCCAUAGACCCCGACCAGCGUGUCUUGAGCCUGUCACUUGCCACUUGCAUCCCACCCUGCAUCAAUCCGAUUGUAUAUUCUUUGAAGACCAGAGAGAUUAAAACCAGGGCUCUGGCACUGGUUCAGAGAAUUAAAACAAGCCCUUGA